AUGCAUGUCGCGGUCAACAUAACCUCACCUGAUGAUGAUAGUCGGCCCAAGUCGGCAGGCUCGACUUGUGUGCAAGAGUUAGACAGCGCGGCGACCACACUCAUCGCGAGCGGGAAACGCAGUUUUGGCGAGGGGAAGAGUUAUGCUGAUGUGGAGUUGGAGGCUUUUGAGGAGAGGGAGAAGGUGAGGAAGAGGAGGAGGAGUUGGGAUAGUGGUGGUAAAAGCGAUGGGGAGGAUGACGAGGAUGAGGAUGAGGAUGAAAGAUUGCUGGCGAGGACCGCAUCAACCGGUCUCCCAGACGAAGGCGAGCCGGCUAUCACGGAGAAGGACGACCGACCAGUCUCUUGGAGUUCCCUCCCGAAGAAGAGUCAACUCGCCAUCCUGACCCUCGCGCGACUCUCCGAACCGCUCACGCAGACGAGUCUGCAGAGUUACAUGUUCUACCAGCUCAAAUCUUUCAAGAACCCCGAUGGCUCGACUCCCAGCGACAGCACCGUCGCCUCGCAGGCUGGUCUGCUGGCUGCGGCCUUCACGGGCGCACAGUUCACGACGGCGAUCAUGUGGGGACGUCUGGCGGAUUGGGAAGGACUGGGUCGCAAGAGGGUCAUCCUCAUCGGAUUGCUGGGCACCACGGUGGGUAGUCUGGGCUUCGGCUUUUCGGAGUCCUUUGCCGUGGCGAUUUUCUGGCGGUUUCUGGGAGGUAUGUUAAAUGGCAAUAUGGGCGUGAUGCGGACCAUGAUUUCCGAAAUCGUCAAGGAGAAGAGGUUUCAGAGUCGGGCGUUUUUGCUCCUGCCCAUGACGUUUAAUAUCGGCGUCAUCGUUGGGCCUCUGCUAGGUGGAUUGUUAGCAGAUCCCGUGGGGAGUUAUCCUGGGUUGUUUGGACCUGGAGGGGCGUUUGGAGGCGAGAAUGGAAAUUGGCUGUUCACCCGUUGGCCUUAUGCGCUGCCGAAUCUCGUCAAUGCGACCUUUCUGGCGAUGAGUGCUCUCGCGCUGAUAUUUGGGCUGGAGGAGACGCUGGAGUCGUUGAGAGAUAAGCCGGAUUACGGCCUUCGAAUCACCAGGUGGAUCGGAAGGAACGUGUUCAGACGACAGCCGAGACCUUCAGACUACGAUCCAAUCAUGGAGCAGGAGAAUCCCAGCGAUAUCGAGAUGGACCGGGGGGACCAGAAAAAGACCAAGACCAAGGCGAAACUGCCUUUCCGGAGGAUCUGGACGCCGAAUCUCAUCUUCACGCUCAUCGCUCAUGGCCUCCUAGCGAUGCACGUCGGGACGUUCAACAACCUCUGGUUCGUCUUCCUCUCCACGCCUCGAUACAACCCGGACGGACCCAACAAGACGCUCCACCUCCCCGACAACUGGAAACCCCACCUCCCCUUCUCCUUCACAGGCGGUCUCGCCCUCCCCCCAGCCUCCAUCGGCAUGGCCCUCGCAAUCCUCGGCACAAUCGGCAUAACCCUCCAACUCGCCCUCUACCCGCGCCUCUCCUUCCGCCUGGGAACCCUCCUCUCCUACCGCCUCGCCCUCCUCUUCUUCCCGCUAACCUACCUCUGCGCCCCCUUCCUCGCCAUCAUCCCCUCGACCGCCGCCCCGCCCACCCAGGCCUCCGGCCCCUGGCUCUGGAUCUAUCUCACUUUCAUCCUGUGCAUCCAGCUCAUGGGCCGCACGUUCGCGCUGCCCUCCGCGGCGAUUCUGGUGAAUAACGCUAGUCCGCAUCCGAGUGUGCUGGGGACGGUGCAUGGGGUUGCGCAGACUGUUAGUUCUGCGACGAGGACGCUGGGCCCGGUUUUGGCCGGGUGGAUAUAUGGCGUUGGAUUGAAUAAAGGGAUUGUCGGACUGGCGUGGUGGUGUAUGGCGGGCGUGGCGGUUUUGGGGAAUUUUGCAGGACGGUGGGUUAGGGAUGGGGAUGGGCAUGAGAUUUGGUUGGAGGGGGAUGAAGAUGGGGAGGAGAAGGGGAGGAGGUGA